AUGAAUAACUCAGUCUCGGAUCGCAGUUUUUACAUUGAGAGUGAAGAUGAAGAAGAUGAGGAAAAGGAAUUCAACAAAAGCAUAGAAGAUGGAGGAAACGACUCUGAUUCUUCUGAAUCUUAUACUGAAAAUCAGCAGCAGAAUAUUCCCAGUUCUUACAACACCCAAUGGCCUCAAAGUUACAGGCAAUCCAUUGAUCUGUAUAGUAGUGUACCAUCCCCUAGUAUUGGGUUUCUGGGCACUCCUUCAUUGUCAAGAUUAGGAAGUUCAUUUCUUUCCUCAUCACUGACAAGAAGGCACACUCCCGAAACAUUACCUUUCUUGACGAAACCCUCGGUACCGAUAGUUGCGGAUGAGCAGCAACAACAGCAACAGAGACGUAGUUCUCAUUCUCUCCUUCCUCCUAUUCAUUCAAGGAGGUCUUCUAUUAGAAAAGAUGAUAAACCAUCCAGGGUUUCUCAUGAACAUCAUCCUAUUUCUCGCCACAGCUCAUUCACACAAGCUGUGAUUAAUGGAAUUAAUGUUCUUUGUGGGGUUGGAAUCCUUUCCACACCAUAUGCAAUCAAAGAAGGAGGAUGGCUUGGGCUCUUGAUUUUGCUUAUAUUUGCAGUGCUUUCCUUCUACACUGGAUUACUCCUGCGUCGCUGCUUGGAUAGUCAGCCUGGCCUUGAAACUUACCCGGACAUUGGCCAAGCUGCAUUUGGUACGGGAGGACGAAUCGCCAUCUCGAUAAUACUGUACGUGGAAUUAUAUGCUUGCUGCAUAGAAUAUAUAAUUUUGGAGAGUGAUAACUUGUCUUCACUAUUUCCAAAUGCGCACCUAAGUUUGGGUGGAUACAUGCUAGAUUCUCGCAUUUUAUUUGCGAUUUUGACCACCCUAGCUGUUCUUCCUACUGUAUGGCUUCGAGACCUCAGUGUUCUUAGCUACAUCUCAGCUGGUGGAGUUAUUGCAUCGAUCGUGGUGGUCCUUUGCUUGUUUUGGGUUGGUCUAGUUGAUGGAGUUGGCUUUGAGAACAAAGGAACACCACUGAACCUUUCAACUCUUCCUGUUGCAAUGGGUCUCUAUGGCUACUGCUACUCAGGACAUGCUGUUUUCCCAAACAUUUAUACUUCAUUGGCAAAACCAAACCAAUACCCUGCAAUCCUCUUAACAUGUUUUGUGAUUUGCACUAUUUUGUAUGGCGGAGUUGCUGUCAUGGGGUACACAAUGUUUGGGGAAUCAACAGCGUCACAGUUCACUCUCAACAUGCCUCACGAUUUGGUUGCCUCCAAGAUUGCUCUGUGGACUACGGUAGUCAACCCAUUUACCAAAUAUCCUUUAUUGCAAAUUAUGCAGAUAAUGAAUGCCAUCUGA